UCUCUCUCUCUCUCUCUAUUUUUCUUCAUUUCUCUACGUUUCUAGUGAUCCUUUCUUUGAGCUUUGCUCAGUUUUUGUGUUGAUUAGCGAAAAUGAGAGAGUGCAUUUCGGUUCAUAUUGGUCAGGCCGGAAUUCAGGUGGGCAAUGCCUGCUGGGAACUUUAUUGCCUCGAGCAUGGCAUUCAGCCUGAUGGGCAGAUGCCGAGUGAUAAGACCGUCGGAGGAGGGGAUGAUGCUUUCAACACCUUUUUCAGUGAAACUCGUGCUGGAAAGCAUGUUCCUCGUGCAGUUUUUGUAGAUCUUGAGCCCACUGUCAUUGAUGAAGUGAGGACCGGAACAUAUCGUCAACUUUUUCACCCUGAACAGCUCAUCAGCGGCAAAGAAGAUGCAGCUAACAACUUUGCCCGUGGCCACUACACCAUUGGAAAAGAGAUCGUUGAGCUUUGUUUGGAUCGUAUCCGAAAGCUUGCCGACAACUGCACUGGUCUCCAGGGUUUCCUUGUCUUUAAUGCUGUGGGUGGAGGCACUGGUUCUGGUCUUGGUUCGCUUCUGCUGGAACGCUUGCGCUCCCUUGAUAUUGAGCGCCCUACCUACACCAACCUCAAUCGUUUGGUCUCUCAGGUCAUUUCAUCCCUUACUGCUUCUUUAAGGUUUGAUGGAGCCUUGAACGUGGAUGUGACUGAGUUCCAAACUAACCUGGUCCCGUACCCCAGGAUCCAUUUCAUGCUUUCAUCUUAUGCUCCUGUCAUCUCAGCUGAGAAGGCCUACCAUGAACAGCUCUCUGUUGCAGAAAUCACCAACAGCGCAUUUGAGCCCUCAUCUAUGAUGGCCAAGUGUGACCCCCGCCAUGGCAAGUACAUGGCUUGCUGCCUGAUGUACAGGGGUGACGUGGUCCCUAAGGAUGUCAAUGCGGCUGUGGCCACCAUCAAAACCAAGCGUACCAUCCAAUUUGUCGAUUGGUGCCCUACUGGUUUCAAGUGCGGUAUCAACUAUCAGCCCCCAACUGUUGUUCCUGGUGGUGAUCUUGCCAUGGUGCAGAGGGCAGUUUGCAUGAUCUCGAACUCCACCAGCGUUGCAGAGGUGUUCUCUCGCAUUGACCACAAGUUUGAUCUCAUGUAUGCCAAGAGGGCAUUUGUGCACUGGUAUGUUGGUGAGGGCAUGGAGGAAGGUGAGUUCUCUGAAGCUCGUGAGGAUCUUGCUGCCCUUGAGAAAGAUUAUGAGGAGGUGGGUGCUGAGUCGGCUGAGGGUGAGGAUGGUGACGAGGGAGGCGAGUACUGA